AUCUUCUUCUUGUUUCCUCCUCUCUGUGCCAACCCUAGUCUCUCAUUUUUCAGUCUCUUCUUUUCCCUCCUCCUUUCGUAAUCUCUUCUGUCUGAAUGGUAAUUCUUCAAUUAUUUACAGGCAGAAUGUCUUUUACUAAUGUCUGGACUGCUUACUUCCCUAGACCUCACCCUUUUGGAGUCUCUCAAAACAGCCUUCGCAUUGGAAGGAAUUUGAUUUUUGGCAAGUUUUGCCUUUCAAAAUCUAAUGCAGACUCGACUGACAAGAAUACUUGGAAUGGGGAGGUUCAAGUAGAUGAUUACUCUGUUUCUACAUCAAUUUUUGGUGAUGAAGAAGAUAAGGAAAGGCAAAGAAGAAGAAAGAUUGGAAUGGCAAAUAAAGGCAUGGUACCAUGGAAUAAAGGCAAGAAACAUAGUGCAGAGACUCGUUUGCGGAUCAAGGAGAGGACAAUUGAAGCAAUGAGAAAUCCCCAGGUUAGGAAGAAGAUGGCCGAGCAACCACAUCCUCCUCACAGUGAUGAGAUCAAGGCAAGAAUAAGCUCUUCACUAAAGAAAAUUUGGGCCAAGCGCUUGAAAAGGAAAAGAUUGGGAGAAAUCAUAUUUUUGUCAUGGGCAAAAAGCAUAGCAAAAGCAGCUAAGAAAGGAGGGACUGACCAGCAAGAGCUAGAUUGGGAUAGCUAUGAUAAGCAAGAACAAGAAAUAGCUCUUCAAGAGAGUCAAAGAGCUGCAGGCAAGGUUAAGGCGAAAGAGCUGGCAAAGAUGAGGGCAGCACAAGAUAGGAUUGCAAGAUAUGCUCUGAAACAGAAAAAGCUUGAAGAGAAAGCAAGAGUUAGACGAGAAAUAAAGAGAAACGCCCUCAAAAGAUCAAAGAGUGAUCUAGAAGAGUGUGUAGCUGCCCAGGAGUGGAAACUGAAACAGAGAUUAAUGAAGAUUCGAAGAAAGGUGUCCAUGAAUGGUCAUGUUGGUAUUCAAGGAGAGACAGUGAUAGCCAGUGUUCCCACCUGGGAGAAAUUGGAUGCAGAGCUUAUAAGGGGAGAGAAAACUCAUAGGGAAGUUUCACUUGAAGAACAAAUACAAGCUGCCAAAAACAAAAGAAUAGAACCAAUGGCUGGUGAAGUUCUUGUAGCCUUAUCCGCUGUUCACAAAUCCAAUGAAGCAAGGGGAGAGUAAGCAUGAAGUCAAACUUUCUCUGGCAUCAAUAACCGCAUGAUAUACAUAGUAGCUUCAUGGAAUCUUUGAUAAUAUACCGAGCGGGGAAGAGCUAUGAGCAACCUUGCCGUAAAGGGAAGGUUGCAGUGUCACAUGGUGAAGAAAGUAAUCUUCUAAUGCAAAUUUGUACCGAACUCAUUACAAGAAGGAUCUGACUGAUACCAAUCUUCCUGGAAAGCAUGGUUGCUCCUCCAUGUUCAAAUACUCAUGUAACUACGACCAAAGAAAAUAUCUAGUUAUUUCACUUGUGUAGAUUUUCAGGAUGGAUCUUCAGGUUCUCUCUGAUAGUCUGAUGCAGCAUGUAUCAAAAGAAUUUCAAGGAAAUGCUGCUGUUAAACUUUCAUAUAUUCAAAUAAAUGGCAAGUACCGUUGCUGCUA